GAACUCCUUCAACCAGAGUAAUAACGUUCAGAGAAACAGGACAUGUCUGUUCCUGCUGCCUCUAACCUCACAUUCUCACUUUCUCUCCUUCACUAUCACUUUCUCUCUCUCUCACUCCCUCGUUCUCCCCGCUCACGUGUUCCUUCUUGCCCCUGGUUUUGUCAGAAAGUCAUCGAUUUCAUGCGAAUAGGGCCAGAGAGAGGCAGAGGGCGAGCGAAGAGGCGGAGAUCUCUCCCCCUGCUCGGUUGGUUGGUUAGUUAGUCAGAAAAGUCACUUGUGUUGUUUUUAUAGGCAGAGAGUCGACAGACGCUGAAUCACUCAGAAACAGAACAUCAUGGCUGUGAAAUGACGGGCGGCAAAACAAACGGAAUGGGCUUGAGGAGGCGUCGGGAGUGACACGUGGAGUCUGACUUUAGCGGGCUCAUUAUGUAAGGAAGCUCAUUAAACACAAAACCGUUGAGCUGCUGCAGAACAGUCAGAAGUUUGAGUCUUUAAAGCCGCAUGAAGGACAGAAAGCAUUUUGUGAUCACCUGCUACUGAAACACACGACCACACACACCAUGAGCCUGUUCACAGUGCAGUCAGCCUCCCAUCCUGCUGAGGACCCAGUCUCGCCCCCACCCAUGACCACUCCUCCUCGCAAAGCCUCCGUCCGUCUGCAGGAGAGGCGGGGCUCCAACCUGUCUCUGUUAUUGGACGUGAGUACUCUUGGGUUGGAGACUGUGUGUUCUGUGUCCACCCCAAAAGAGGUGUGGCUUCAGCUGCUCCACACCUCCUCCCGCCCGCUCACACACACCACGCUGCAGCAGGCCGCUUUGGACACGCACACACAGAACGCAGAAUACCAGAAGAUCCCGCCAAACUUUGUGAGCGCUGCGGAGCUCGAUGUUCCAGGCCACACGAUCAAAGACAGAUAUAAAACCAUCCUGCCCAACCCUGAGAGCCGGGUGGUCCUGAAGAGCACAGAGGAGGAGGCGGGGCCAGAUCGCUACAUCAAUGCCAACUACAUCAGGGGUUAUAAAGGAGCUCCCAAGGCCUACAUUGCCACCCAGGGGCCGAUGCUGCACACUGUCGGGGACUUCUGGGACAUGGUGUGGCAGGAGAGGAGCAGCAUCAUCGUCAUGGUUACCAGACUCAAGGAGAACAACGAGAAAUGUGAGCUGUACUGGCCACAGCCGAGGGAGCGGAGGAGGAGGUUGAAGGAGGAGGAAGAAGAAGAUGAGGAGGAGGAGGGGGGGGACACCAGUCAAUUUGGGAGAUUUGUCCUGAGAGUGACCGACAGCCGAGAGAAAGACGGGUUCACUGUCACUGACAUGGAGAUCCAGCUGUGUGCAGAACGUCGUCACGUCAGACACUACUGGUUCACCUCUUGGCCUGACCACCACAUCCCACAAUGCACCGCUCCUCUGCUGAGACUGGUGGAGGAGGUGGAGAUGUACAGAAAGUCUCUCCUCCCUCCACCCAGCUCUCAGCCAAUCACAGACGACGUCCCAGGCCCUGGACCAAUCAUUGUGCACUGCAG